AUGUCUUUAGCUGCCGAGGUCAGGGAUCUGACUUACAAGUUUCCCCACAGCGAUAAAGCGUCGCUCUGCAACAUUGAGAUCGAAAUACCCUGGAAUACUCGCACUCUGAUAAUUGGGUCCAACGGUGCAGGGAAGUCUACGCUGCUUAAGCUGCUCAGUGGAAAGCACCUGUGCCUCACAGGCAAGAUCAGGGUUAACGGCCUUGACCCGUUCAGCCCACACUCAAUGCACCAAAACGAGGCCGACGAGUGCCAGAUCACGACGUACUUGGGCACUGAGUGGUGUCACAUGUCUAUCAUCCACCGCGACAUUGGCGUCCUGGAGCUGCUCGAGAGUAUCGGGUUCCACGCGCACCGCGAGCGUGGCGAAACACUCAUAGAUAUCUUAGACGUGGACGUCAACUGGCGCAUGCAUCGCCUCAGUGAUGGGCAAAAGCGCCGUGUGCAACUAACGAUGGGCCUUUUGAAGCCUUGGCGUCUGCUGCUACUUGACGAGGUGACUGUGGAUCUCGACGUCCGUGCCCGCAGCCGCCUGCUGUCAUUCCUAGAACAGGAGACGAAAGCGCGCCGCUGCAGCAUCGUAUACGCGACCCACAUUUUUGAUGGCCUUGCCGAGUGGCCCGACAGAGUCGUACAUUUGCGCGACGGUCGCAUCGUUCAGCAGCUCUCGUACGCAGAAGAAGUACGCUUCAGCCGCGAAGACAGCUCCGUCGUGGAGCACAACGAUAACUCCGUCACCAUUGGCUACGCCAAGUCAUUACACCCGCUGGCGCUGACUUGGCUCUCUCAAGAUGAGACAUCUAAGAAAUGA